GGUGACAAGGCCGAAAUCUCAUCUCUAUCUCGGAGCUAAAAGUAUCCGGACGUGGACCUCGAGGAUCAAUGUUCUAUCUACUGGCUGAGGCACGGACUUCUUCAUUCUGCCGACACAAAACAUGGCAGCAACAGCGGCAAAACACCACUGGAGGCAGACGCAGCCAAGCGCGAGUGCUUCAUGUCCGAUAUCUGAUUCCCGUAACGACCGCAGCUCGUAUCUACGGUCAAGUAAUAGGGAAAAUGGAUGAAUAAUUGAAAAAGGACUCGACGAGCGGAAAUCAUCCUCUCCGAUCCAGUCAAUUCAACGAUUGCCAAAAAUGGGUUCACCGGAGCUUGAGGAACAUGGUAAAACCAGUAUUCUCGUUAUCGCCGGGGUCAUUGGCCUUGGAUUUUUGGUCUUCUAUAUCAAUCGUCGCCUGAACCAGCAGACAUUGAAACGAUGCUGGGCUUCCCUGGAAAAGCGUGGCUGGAUCAAGCCCGCUGAGACUGAGGAGGAUCGACUGGAGAAACAGCAUCAAACUCCCUUGGCUCUCAAACCUCAGCAAUCGGUCAUUCCGGCAGUUCUCAAGAAGCCAGAACAAGCUCACAAAGCUCCAGCCCACAUCACAGCGAAUGACCACCCAGACGAUUCGAAACGUUUCAACCGGGACUCCGGGGCAAGCUGGGAUCCCACAUCCGUCAGAAGCCACCGUCUUGUGUCCCUGGCACAUUCAGAGCCUUCGGCCUCUCCUAACACUGGAGUAUUUGACUCGGCUCGAACCAACUGGCCGUCCAUUGGCUCCUCCGUGCCCGGCCUUAAUUCCGCUACUGCUGCUCCUCAAGGAGCCGCCUAUCACGGUCGGCGCAGUCCGUCCCGCAGCCAUUACAGCAACCACGCUGCCAGAAGAAACGCAAUAGAUCACGGACAAGGUACCGGCACCGGUGUCUGGCUUGAGGUUCCUAACAGCGGCUCGGCGUCAUCGCCACCCCCAGAGGCUGUGCCCAAGGCAAAAGAAAUAUUUCCGAUCCUUUCAGUCCCGUCACAGGCCGUGAGUAUUUCGAGCUUCAGCUCCAGUCCCACUCCCAAGUAAGAUCGGUUACCACCAAAGGGCUCGAGAUGUCGCAUUCGUUGUAAACGGAGCAAUGUAACACACCAAGCACUCAAAGAUGACGUUCUUCUUCAAACCCAAUACCCGGAUCUGGCGGAGGUAACGAAAGUGUCGAUUUACGAUCGGUAGUCGUCAUCGAAGAAAACAACCUGGAAGCGAACGAAGCGAGGCGAUCUACUGCGUACACGCAAUGCGGGACCCCAGAG